GAAGGUCGUUUUGCUUGCUCCAUUUUGUGGUUUCCCUAUGCCUCUUCUUUUUUUCCGCUUCAAAUGGGCACAGCAAACCGGUAACUGUUAUCCUAAGCGAAGUUGCAGCCGUAUUCUCACCGAAAUUGUACGCGUGUGCACGCCACCACCCCCAUUCGCAGUAUCCCAUUUAACGGCACCUUACCCCCUACACAAGGGAACCCCCUUCUGAAUGAUCACACUUUGUUAACAAAAUGGGGAGACUUAUCUACCCAUCAAAACCAACGCUAUCGCAGAUUCAUCCAUCCCCCUUUGCAAAAGGAUCUGCAAAAAAUUGCUAGCCAAGGAGUGGAGAAUCCAAACGGCUGAACAAAACCUACGUACGCACAUCCCCCCAAAUUAGGCGUAAAUACAAAAGAAUGAAAAAGAGCCACCCCCCCUUUCUUGUCAUUAAAAGGCUAUACACACGCAGUGGCGGAUUGAGGAAACCGCAAAAAGUGACAAACGAUCCAGAAAGCAUUAACCGAAAAACGUACUGGUGCUUUGAACACAAACCUAUUAAGAGGACGUUGGUAAAUUUGAUAUACUCCCAUAAUGAACUGAAAUUAUUUUCCCGCUUUCUGAGUCAUCCCAAUGUGGGUACCUCCCUCAUACACGAGCUAUCCUUGGAAGGCCCCUACACGGGGUUCCUUCCUUCGAACGAGGCUCUGAAAUUAAUUAGCCCCGAGAGUUUAGCCAAAUUAUAUGAAGAAGGGGACAAGUUGAUGGAAUUUGUUUUGGGUCACUUUACGAAGGACUUUUGGCUCUACAGGGACCUGUACGGAUCUUCCUACCAGCCUUGGCUCGUGUUCAACGAGAAAAGGGACGCCCCUGAGAAAAUCACCAACUUAGUUAACAAAGACCUACUGGUAAAGAUAACAGGAGAGUUUAAAAAUUGCGACCACUCAAUUUUCCUUAAUGAAGCGAAGAUCAUCAGACCAAACAUGAAGUGCCACAACGGAGUGGUCCACAUUGUCGACAGGCCGAUAAUACAGAGGUAGUUGUGUGUUCAAAUCCGGCGGAACGAUUUUUUUU